GCACCACUGCGCAUGCGCACGGGAGCCGAGUAUUAGCUGGCAGCCGCUGCUGAUGUGGAGGAAGUAACGGUGUCUGCUUGGUCGCUGUGGCCGGGAAGCGAGGAGGUAAUUCGGGGUUCCUCGGGUGGAGUGUAUCGGUCUGUCUGCGGGGCGUCGCUACUUAGAAGAUCCGGGUUUUUGUUUCCACUUUUUUGUUUUAAACCACGCAGGGAAGCUAGCGCCGGGCUAACGGGGCUAGCUCACGUUUAGCUAGCUCAGCUGCAGACACCCAGCAGCUCUGUGCGGGGAGAGGAGGCAGGUUCCUGGGGUUUCGAACACCGAGGUGCGGGGCAGAUAAGUUCCUGGAUGUCGUCUGAAGUUUAACCCUCGCUCGUGUUUACUUUGCUGAGCUGCACCCGAGAAGGUUUUUACACUCGACUGGAUGAUGAGGAGCUAAAUCGAUGCUCUGACUGAACCCAGCGCAGAUCUAACAACUGCAGAGAUGAGUCAACUCUGGCAGCGGGACAUACCCCUGUCCGAGAGGUUAGGGAAUGAGUCUCCCGUUGGCCUCGCCCCGGGGUCGCCCGCCACUGUGGCCCCACAAGGAUCCAACUCCUCUUCGGUACCAGUGGCCCCAGUCGUCACACCAGAAACGCCAUUUUUCCUCAUGACCUCCACUGCCCAAACUAUAUCCGGCUUUUUCGUUUGGACGGCUCUUCUAAUCACAUGUCACCAGAUCUACAUGCACCUACGUUACUACAGCUCUCCAAAUGAACAGAGGCACAUCGUGAGGAUCCUGUUCAUAGUCCCCAUCUACGCCUUCGACUCCUGGCUCAGCCUCCUUUUCUUCACCAAUGAGGAGUACUACGUUUACUUUGACACAGUGCGAGACUGCUACGAAGCCUUUGUCAUCUACAACUUCCUGAGUCUGUGUUAUGAGUAUCUGGGAGGAGAGAGUGCCAUCAUGGCUGAGAUCAGAGGGAAACCUAUUGAGUCGAGUUGUAUGUAUGGGACCUGUUGUCUGUGGGGAAAGACCUACUCCAUCGGUUUCCUCAGGUUUUGCAAACAGGCCACUCUCCAGUUCUGUGUGGUGAAACCCCUGGUGGCAGUGAUCACUGUCGUUCUUCAAGCCUUUGGGAAAUACAAAGAUGGAGACUUCAAUGUGGCUAGCGGCUACCUGUAUGUGACCAUCAUCUACAACAUCUCCGUCAGCCUGUCGCUCUAUGCGCUCUUCCUCUUCUACUUUGCCACACGUGACCUGCUUGUCCCGUACAACCCCGUGCUGAAGUUCUUCAUGGUCAAGUCAGUCAUCUUUCUUUCCUUUUGGCAAGGGAUGCUGCUGGCCAUCCUGGAGAAGUGCGGCGCCAUCCCUCAGAUCAACUCUGCCGACUUCUCAGUGGGCGAGGGAACGGUUGCUGCUGGUUACCAAAACUUCAUCAUCUGUAUCGAGAUGUUCUUUGCUGCUGUGGCUCUGCGCCAUGCCUUCACUUACAAAGUCUACAUGGAUAAAAGACUGGACUCAUAUGGCUCAUUUCCUAUCUAUGGACAGUACGGUCGCUGUGCCCCAAUGAAGAGCAUCUCCAGCAGCCUGAAGGAGACCAUGAAUCCAGGCGACAUGGUCCAGGACGCCAUCCACAACUUCUCUCCAGCUUAUCAACAGUACACCCAGCAGUCCACGUUGGAGCGAAGUGGGGGUCCGCCCCUCUCCCGCAGCCACAGUAGCCUCAGCACCCGCGGGGAUAAUGAAAAGACCCUGCUGCUCAGCUCAGACGACGAGUUCUAAGACUCGAACACACACACACACUAAGAAAGUCACGAUACUCCCGUAGCCACUGUUGAAUUUUUAGAAGGUAUGAGAGACGGAUCUGAUCUUUUGUUUCAGCCUGAAUGUGGAAGAUUCGAUUCUGGUAUUUGUCUUUUCUUUAUCACAUUUGGAGAGAAACGAAAGAUCAGAUUCAUGUUACACGUGUGAUUAGCAAACUGCAGGAGGGGGAACGGGUGUUUUACAAGGAAUAAGAGGAAACCAGGGGAGAAAGGGAGAGUGAAGAGAGACGAGUGUGUCGUUAUAAAGUAAAGGAGGAGAGAGGUGGGGAAUUUGUGUUAAUUUAUAUAGGCCAUCACUGAUAGACAUACAGUAUCUCCAAUAAUCUGCUGAUUAUGGAUAAGUACAAUUAACCAUGCCUGCUUAUGCUACACUUUAGACUUUAGAUGUCAAUAUAAGGUGUAUGCGAGACAAAGUGCCAUCCUCCUCUGAAACACACGGCCUCCUCCUUUCUUUAGUUUUUAUACUGUUUCUUAAACCAUACUCCUCCUCACCCCUCUGCCAACUCUGCCUCUUACCGAAACAUUGCCAAAUAGGGGGAGCAGCCCCCUGCACCUCAGCCACUGAGACACACUGUCUUAAGAUUCAGAAUUGAUUUAUAGUCAAGAUAACAAAGGAGCCUUUGAAUUGCAGUGCUUCGUUUUAAUAUAUAAAGCAAUUGAAACGCUAAAUAUUUUUUUAUUUAAAUGCUGUAUGACCUUGAAGGUAAAACUCAUUUAAAGACAAGUGCGAUGGGAAAACUGUUGUGUGUGUAUAUAUACAUUAUGUGUAUGUCUGGAUUUCCUGUGGGUUCACAUGCACAAGCGAAUCUAAAUGGUUUUAGUAUGACAGCGGCUGUCGGCCCAGUGUGGGCUCCUCGCUCAGUGUUAUUGUUUGUUGGAGCACGGAGUGAACAGCUGUGGGAGAGAUUUGAGCGUGGGCAUAGGGACUGAUGGAAGGGCAACACCCACACAGAUUACAGAUUACUGAAGAAGCAACACUACAGAGCCCGCCCAGCUGUGAUGUGCUGUGGGAUUAUAUUCCCUAAUUAAUGGCAUUAGAGGCCGUACAGAUCAGGCCUGCCUCUGCUGGUACUGCUUAUAAUGGCAUCCCUGAUAUAGCAGCAGGAAGUGAGUCAGGACACUGGUCACUCCAGACAGAUAAGGACAUGUAAAGGCAUUACAUCUGAUUGAACUCACUUUUAAAAUGGGAACAUAUGGGCAUUCAAAGUUGGAAAAUGCAAAAUGAUAGAAUGUUGAGUCAAACUUUUUGGCCUGUCUGACAUUCUCUGGUUUAUUUUUCUUUUGGGAAAAGAGAAUAUGAACAGUUAUUUUUUUUUGUUCCUGUCUUUUACUUAAAGACAAUAGAAACUGUGUUUGAAUUGAUGGUUCGUGCUGUUAUCAGCUGAUGUUUAAUGUGUUUUAGCAGUGACUGGUGUUUGGUGAGGUUGUUUGUGAGCGAGGCUCCUUGAUGGCAGGACACUGGUGUAAAAGCUCACUAGAUUCUUUAGACAGGGGACAUAAGGCGUAAUGGUGACGUAAUGUACGUUGGCAUUUUUUGUUUAUGUUGAAAGCAGAAUCCAAACAGAUUCUAUUGAUCGCAGGUAAACACACAGUACAGCCCCCAUGAGUAAUGAAUGUAGUCAGACUAAAAAACUAACAGCCAUGCUCAUCCUCAACAGUGCACAAUCAUUUACUUUGGAGAAAGUUGCAUUCGAUUAAAAUGGAAAUCAAAUAAAAUUGUGGAACCCACCACCAGUGGGUCUCUGGCUGUGACUGCGGAGCCAUAAUCCUUCCGAACUCCUCCUAUACUCAGUAAUUAAUGCAUUCACUUUUUUUCGCUGAGCCUGCAGUUAAAGACAACGUCAGUUUAUUCUAUUUACUUAACAUUAACUUAAUGGUAUUGAAAAAAGUGAAAUUCACUGCCUUAUGCUGUAACCUAUAGGGGCAAAGUAUGUCCAACUCAAGCGUCUUUAUUCAAAACACUAUCAGAUGAUAGUUUUGAUACUCUGUGAUUUUAAAGCUGGAUGUAAAAAGCUGAAUAUAUUAAACCAGGAGUUUUAUUCCAGAAUGGAAAGAAUGUUGUAAAUAUAGUUUAAACUAGGCACUGCGAAACAUUCAUGAUGACUGAGAUGGACUUGCCUGGUAUAGUGCUUUGUUUUCAUAUUUUUUUUGUGUUUUGAUAUUUUAAGUUUUUCAUAUAUUCUCUUUUAUUUCUGUUGUGUACCUUUUCAUUUGUAUAUUGGUAACGUUUUCUUGUGUUUUGAUGCUGUAUCGCUUUCUGUUGGUGUUGACAAGGAAAUAAACGACAAAUGGAAACAAGAAA